AUGCCUAGUUGGAUGAAUAAUUGGUGGCCGAGUUCUCAGCCCCGAAAUGCGCAUCCUUACCACAGCACUCGACCUUCGUCAGAUCAUGAAGAUGACUCAAGUUCGGAAGUGCUAAAGGUUCUGAAAGUAGAUCCCUGCUUGGAGGACAACCAUGUUGAGCAUCACACGAGUUACUUCAAUACGGCAGUUGAAAAGGAAGCCCUGAUUGUGAGGAGGGGAGAUCCCUUCAAGCUGCAGAUCCAUUUCGACCGAGAUUAUAGCCCCAGCAAGGAUUCCCUCAGCUUCGUAUUGACGGUGGCGGAUGACAUCAAACCGAGUCCUGGAAACGGAACCCUCAAUGUUCUCUUGCCCCAUGAUACCAUUGAUGAUUUGGGGGAACCGAAGGAAUGGGGAGCAGGCAUUGAAUCGCAUGAAGGUCAAGUGCUCACCGUGGUGAUCAAGCCGCCAUCCACCUGUCCAGUGACAGUGUGGAAACUGGACAUCGACACUAAGCUAGGAGGUAGAUCAAAGAGCUACCCCCUCCCACUGCCCAUCUAUGUGCUCUUCAAUCCCUGGUGUCAGGAUGACCAGGUCUAUCUGGAGGAUCGUGACCAGCGCAAGGAGUACGUGCUGUACGAUACAACUCUCAUUUGGAGGGGAUCCCACAACAACGCGCACCCAGCGGCUUGGAAAAUCGGACAAUAUGAGCGUCACGUCCUGGAGUGCAGCUUGAAGGUUCUGGGAUCUGUGGGAAAGAUCAAACCUGCUUUCAGAGGUGAUCCAGUGAAAGUGGCCCGCGCCUUGUCCGCUGUGGUAAACUCUAACGAUGACCAAGGCAUCCUGUGGGGAGACUGGAGAAAGGAUCUCUCGCAAAUCACGGAUGGGGUUUCACCCUUGAAGUGGACGGGUUCAACGGAGAUCCUUCAGGAAUUUUACAAAACCAAAAAGCCGGUGAAGUAUGGACAGUGUUGGGUUUUCGCCGGUGUCCUGGCUACCAUUGCCAGGAGUCUGGGAAUUCCGACUAGGAUCAUCACUUGCUUCUCCUCCGCUCAUGAUACCGAAUCAUCUUUAACUUUGGAUAAAUACGUGGACGAGGACAAUAAGGAAGUGGACUACCGAGACUCCAUUUGGAACUUUCAUGUGUGGAACGAACUGUGGAUGCAGCGACCGGAUUUGGGAGAGGGUCAGUAUGGUAACUUUGAUGGAUGGCAGGUGGCGGAUGCCACUCCCCAGGAGACCUCCGAUAAAAUGUAUCGCUUGGGUCCCGCACCCGUUUCGGCUGUAAAAAAUGGAGAAAUCAAUACACCCUUCGAUAUUCCAUUUGUUUUUGCUGAGGUGAAUGCGGAUAUUCUCUAUUGGCGCUUCAAGGGCACCGGAAAGCCGCUGAAGCUCCUCGCGUGGGAUACCCAGAGCGUAGGUAAAAAUAUUAGUACAAAGGCUGUUUUGAAAUGGGAAAGGGAAGACGUCACCGACAACUACAAAUACACUGAGCUUUCCUCGAAGGAAAGGAGCACCAUGAUGAAGGCCCUCGAGCAAACCCGUCACACCUUUAGCAAGCUCUAUCUAAAUAACGAGUUCAAUGAUAUUGUGUUGGAAAUGGAACUAAACCACGAGGUUUCGAUCGGAGAGGACUUCAGUGUGCUGCUUAAGAUGACCAAUAGAAGCGAAAGUCGCCCUCACUUAGUAAAAGGUAUAAUCCGAUGCGAUGGCGUUCUGUACAAUGGAAGGGGAGCAGAGAAGGUCAAGACCAUGGGCUUCGAAAUGGAAUUGCAGCCCAAGGGCAGCGACUUAGUUCGCAUGAAGGUCAGCUUUGAGGAGUACUUUAAAAUUAUGUCAUCCAAGGCAUCCUUCCGCAUUUCCGCAUCCGCCAAGGUAAAGGGAACCGACUUCGAUCACUACACCCAGGAAGAUUUUCGGGUGCGCAAACCGACCAUUGAGCUCCAGUUGGGAGAGGCUCCAAUUGUGGCCAAAAAAGAGAUGGAUGUGACCAUGAGUCUCGAGAAUCCGCUGCCCAUUCCCUUGACCAAUUGUAUGUUUAUCGUGGAGGGACCGGGCAUCGAGCAGCCUCUCAAAUUCAAGGUUGGCGAAACCCCAGUGGGUGGCAAAGCAAUAGCAACCUUCAAAUACACUCCGCCCUAUGCUGCACAUGGCGUAAUGGUGGUCAAAUUCAACUCCGAGGAGCUAGAGGAUGUGGAUGGCUACAAAAACUAUGAUGUUUUGCCUCUUACAAUGUCGUAG